AGAACAUCUUCAGCCUUAAAAUGCUCCAAAAAUAAGAACGGCCCAGCCUAAACUGUAAAUUAGACGUUCUUAUAAAAACAAUGUAAUAUUCAAAGGUUGCAACCUGUUAUUGUUUGAAUGGCUUACGAUAGCUACCCCGCCUCUAGACAAAACAAAAUCUUUCUGGGGCUUAAGAAACUAAAGAUGAAACCUAAACGAUUUAGUGCAUAAAACUACAGUAAGAAGAUUCUUAUUUAAAAAUGUUCAAUUUUGUCGGUAAAUUGUCUGUUUACGUUUAUUGACCGGGAACGGUUGUUAGUGGGAAGUACUAUUUGACAAUACUCUAAGGCAUCAAUAAGCAUAAUAACUCCAGUAAUUUUUUCGCCCCAGACGCAACAAAUAUUUCGGUUUUUGAAUUGUCAUUUGAUUUUCAAGACCCCACACACACCACCGAGCCCUCACCACGAAAUUUCCCAAAGUGCUUGAUAAACUAUGUUGGUGAUUGUAUAGCGAGGAACCACAAAAUCACUCGCCUCUCCUGGGUUGUAGAGGGAACUAUAAUUGACGUCACGUAUCUUGGAGGCUUGUUUGCAUUCGGAUUAGUGUAUAAGGUUGAUUUAAUCGCAAUAUCGCCAGGAAAAUAAACAAACAGGAUGCGAUUAGUAAUCACCAGGAGUAUUGCUAGGAAGGGUUAGCGGGACUGCGCGGAACAACGCGGGAAGCUGUGGAAUCUGCUAGCGAUGAUUGCUGUCUCACACGCGGGUCGCCCGAAAGCAAAGCGCGGGAAGUGACACUAUCUUUCAGGUCAAAGUGUCCCGCUACGCGAACAUGUACGGGAUGUCCCGUGAAGGGUUAUAAAAGAAGGCUAAAGUGCUUUGUGAAGCUAAAGAGUUCAAGAGCAUUAAGUAGAGACACUUGAGAAGUAAUAAUCUCUUAAAGAAACUGCGACAUGAAGAUGACAACAUACAAGGAAAGCAGUCAAUUCGUUAUUUUACUGGGCUUGAUUUUUGCUACACAAGGAACGCCUAUGAGUCAGCCAGAUCGAUCUUGCAAGAACAGUACAGAAUGUUCUAGUGGCCACGACUGUCAUCCAUUCCUCCACGUCUGCUUCAAACGCCUCAGAAUCGUCAACGACCCCGCCCCCAAGCCACAGAACACGAACUGUGUAUGCAAAUCAACAGAAUACUGCCAUCCCGUCCUAAAUCGUUGCUUACCAAAACAAGCCCCACCCCUCCCCCCUAAAAAUACUAACCGGGCAAGCACCCCGUCAUGCACCUCGAGCUCGGAAUGCGGAAGUAACCAGUACUGUCACGUGAUCUUCAAGAGAUGCUUAACAAAACACAAUGUGCCUACCUCUGCACCGAGAGGGCGGAGUCUACGUCGUUGUCAUGACAACAACGGAUGUAAUCAGGGGGAGUACUGUCACGAUGUUUUCAAGUUUUGUCUAGAGGUCCCAACAGGGUACAGUGAUCCCGCCACGCCCACCCCGAGGGGGGAGUGCGCGCAGAACUCGGACUGCAUGGCUGGACAAUAUUGCCAUGAUAUCUACCGUGUCUGUCUAACUCCACAUAACGUGUCUAAUAACGCAGUUCCGCGGAAAAGGCUUUUGAAUGGAGGUCGUUGCGACUCCGAUUCCGACUGCUUAUCGACCGAAUACUGCUUCUUCCGACCUCCACAGCGAUCGAUAAUAGCUCGGCACCGCCGACUAUGUAGUAAUGCGUUGAAUUGUCCGUACCGAGCGCGUGACGGCGAGAAAGGGUUCUGCACGAGGCGAAUCGUGAAGUCAUCGACGAGUUGCACGGUGGAGAGCGACUGUGAGGCAGGGAUGACAUGCUUGACGAAGCUGAAGGCUUGCAUGAAGUACAGGCAGAAAGGGGACUUAUGUCUUAUUCAGCCGGCUUCCUUCGUGAGCCCUUGUGCGCCUGGUCUGAUGUGCAAGCCGACAAACAAAAGUCGACUUCUAAAAGGGCGACGUCUCGAGAGAAAGUUACAAAUUCCUAAGUUCAUCCGUAGAAUGGCGAUAGUCAAGAACCUUGUCCGCAAGCGUUACCAGCUAGGCAGAUGCCACGAUGCUACCAACGCAUUCUAGGCCAUGAAUAUUACAGCGGGUUUGGGUAUUCUGUUAAAUUUCAGCAGAGAUUUCCAACAUGCUGAAUUGCUUUCGGGGUUCCUUCAAUCAAAUUUAACUGAGCGCUCUAUGAUUGGUCAACACUUUAUGGUGAGAUUGCGUGAUUGGAAGGCAUCUAAGUGUGGCCAAUAUAGGCUUUUAAUGGGUAAAAACACAAAAAAUGUCGUUUGGAAGGAGCUUAACUCGCAAAAUUACGACAGUUUUUUUUGUAAUCUUUUUUUCUUCCCUACCAAAAUUACCCACUUCAAGGCAAGUCAAGGUGUUUCCUGUAUAGGUGCCUAAAAUAAAUAAAUGAAAAGAAAAGUAGCUUUAACAAACUUUGGCUUCAGCAUUCAAGCAUGAGUCAACAGCCGCCAUAUUCUACACACCUAAUUCCAAAUUGUUGCUUGCCCCCCCCCCCUGGUCACGUGGUGGCUGAAGCGCUAUAAUCGAUAUACCAAACACAGAUACGAAAGUAACGUUUUUUGAAUAUGUGAUACAGGUGUAUAACUUUCAGAGCGACAGAACUUAGACUAACAAAUAUAUACGGCGUUUGUAAAUUAUGGACAAAAGUAAAAUUAUGUCACGACGACGGCCUAUCGGUUUCAGACACAAAUUAUUUACAAAAUUGAUUAGAAAUGUAAUUCAUUUGUCCAAUGAAUGAGUCAUUAAAGGAUAACGAAGCUUCAA